GUGGAUUUAGGCUGGCAGAAUCAGAUAAACCCUCAUCACUGCUGAACAAACACCGGUGUGACAUGAGGAUUUGGAAAGAGAACAACAUUAUAAAGAAUAGCUUUUACACCUGUUCUGACUGACACUUCAACUAAUUGUGAUGUUUCCAGUAUCGAAGAGUUACUCUGCAGCUGCCCCCUUAUAUCAGCUCAAGAUGUACAGCUUCAUGGGAGGGGGCCUGUUCUGUGCCAUCGUGGGUAACAUCCUGUUAGUGGUCUCCACGGCCACAGACUACUGGAUGCAGUACCGUCUCUCUGGAAACUAUGCCCACCAGGGUCUCUGGAGGUACUGCAUGUCCAACAAGUGCUACAUGCAGACCGACAGCAUCGCCUACUGGAAUGCCACCAGAGCCUUCAUGAUCCUCUCAGGGAUGUCGUGCUUCGCCGGCAUCAUCGCUGGCAUCAUGUCCUUUUCACACUUUUCCUCCUUCGAAAGGUUCAACCGCUCCUUUGCAGCAGGAAUCAUGUUCUUUGUCUCCACUUUCUUUGUUCUGCUGGGUAUGGCCAUCUACACUGGGGUGACUGUCAACUUCUUGGGAAGGCGUUUUGGUGACUGGCGCUUCUCCUGGUCCUACAUACUGGGCUGGGUGGCUAUGCUCAUGACCUUCUUCGCAGGUAUUUUCUACAUAUGCGCCUACAGAAUGUGUGAAUGCAGGAGAGGAACUGGUCCACGCUAGAAGGAGACACACAGCUAGUUCAAGAAAAAACGGAGAACUCUUCUAUUUUGGAUAGAAGGCAAGCAGAACACAUGAAGGCAACUUUGGCUGAUCUACUGAAGAGAUGAUGUCUGGUGCCGAUACUGAAGGUCUCUGACAGUCUGCUAAAAUGUUUUUUAUUCAUUGCAACAGGGAUUAUUAUUAUUUGACGAAAAGUCACGAUAAUAGAACUGAAGAAAAUCAAAUUAAUAAAAGCAAUCUGUGUCUAAUGAUUGCAUGGGAAUAUUAGUAUUAUUUCAUCUUUUUUUCCUAUCAAUAUUCAAUAAAGCUGGUCCUCAGUG